CAGCAUUUAUGUAUGAAAGCCAUGUGCGAGACCACGGAGAGCCACAAGCAGCAGCUUUACGCACAGCGACACUUGUUAUUUUUGGUGAGACUUUAUCUACUGUAAGAAGAUGUUACUGCUGAGGACUUUGGCUCCGUGUUUGCUGAUGGCCUUCCUCGCGCAGCAGGUCUCUCUGUCCUCUGGUGCGCGCGGUAAAGGACGCACUGCAGAGGAGCGCGGAGCGGACCGGACCGUGACUCCAGCGCCGGGCAGAGCGCAGAGGAGCGGAGGCAAAGGCGCAGCACCAGCAGCAGCCGCGACUGGCCGCGGGAAGUUCUCCACCAAGGACAAGAUGCAGUGCACGUGGGGGGCGAGAGACGUCGGUGACACCGUGAAGCUGUCGGUCAAAUGCGAGAACCCGGAGGCGCGCGUCAAAGGCGGAGUCACUGAGCUCAGGUGUGACUACAACGCCAAACCUCAGAGCUGCCCGGGCUACCAGUCCGACCCCAGGGGCUUCUGGAAACAGGUGGCGCGAGCGCUCAAAAAGCUUAAGGGCAAACUGUGCAAGGAUGAACGCGCGCUGGUGAGGACCGGCAUGUGCAAGCGCGCGCCCCGGGAUGCACACUUCAAACUUGACAUCUCCAGCUCCGUGGCCUCCGCUCAGUCCGGAGAUGUGGAGCCUCCCAGGCCGCCGCCACCUCGACGCGCCUCCACCGCGGCUCCUGCCGGAUCGACAGCGUGCACGAGGCGCGCGGACCACCGGCAGAAGGCUGAAGAGUACUGCAACAGCGCGUGGGCCAGCGUGUGCUCUUUCUUUUUCUCCAUGCUGCAAAGUGACGACUGUUAACUUCAGGAGGGACGUGAGGACAUGAGAUGACUGACAGCAGAGAAAUCCGUUCAGGACUCCUCGUGUUUAUAGAAAGUGCAUACGUCACACACAUUUUAAUCGGUAAUCAAUACAAACUGCAGAAGUGAAUGAUUCUCAGUCACCAAGUUCACGCAGGUGCGCAUAUUAACGGGUAUUUGUCAGUUGUUCUGCUGUGAAUGUGGCUCAGCAAAUCUGAACUGAAGAUUUAUAAUUUGCAUUAUAUUAGUAAAUAGUAAAUUAUCACCAGUGGUGGAAAGUAACAGAUCUUCAUUUAUUUGUACUUUAUGCUACUUUAUCCUUCUACUCAGAGUUUAUACCAUUGAGAUUAUGAUGUAUUGUUAUAGAUUUAACGACACAAAAGUUCAUAAAGCAGUUAAAAUCAGAUUUAUAUGAUGCCAGCUACAUUAAAAUCAUGUUUACAAACUGUAUGAUGUAAAUAAUGUAAGAUAUACACAAAUAACACUUAAAACAAUACAUUAAAAAGUCAAAAGAUGAUGUUAAAAAGAACAUUUGCUCAAGUGAAGCUGCAGACAUUUCAUCAGCAAAUUGUACUUAAAUAUUUUCUUUUUAACAUUUUCUUUUCAGUUUUUAACAUAUUGAGGCAGAAGACACAAUGCAGUUAUAACAAACUACAAACAUACACACUCACAGAGUCACUAAAACACAAUAGAUAAAAGAUGUAAUCUGGAUUUUGAUAAGUGUGAUUGGUGAACACCUCCAUAAUGAAUCAGCUGGUUUCUACCACUGAUCGAGUGUAAAUCUCUCAGUGCCUCGUUCACCACUCCUCACGUCUUUCAGGUUUUACAUGUGACUCCAUAAGAUGAUCACUAAACACAGAUGGCGCCUUGUGAUGUCACAAAAUGACUCAGAAUGCUCUGAAAAGGUUUUGAAUCUUGGAUCUGAGUGAAAAAUUUAAAUGUGUUUACUUGUAAUGGAGUGUUUGUACCUUGUGCUGUUGCUAUUUUUUACUGUAGUAAAGAACUUGAAUGCUUCUUCCACCGCUGUUUAUCACACAGAAAUGAAGAUUGAUGAUUAUGUAGAGUUGUAGUUUGUUCUACCUCUGGUUCAUUUUAUCAAUCAACCACGAUUAGCAUAUAAACAUCACUGUAUAUAUGCACUACAAAUAAAUAUUUUCUAUUUAUACAA